GGCCCCGCCCCCGACAUGGCGGGCGCGCGCGUGCUCGUGCACGUACGGCGCGCGGGGGCGGGGGGGGCGGCGGCGUUCGGGCAGAGUGUCACCGGCGUGUUCUGCCCCGCGCACACGGACGUGGCCCCGGUGAGCUGCGGGCUGGAGCGCGGCCACCUCCUCAUCUCCGAUGUCCCCUUCCCCGGCUCCACCGCCACCGUCCUCAAGAGACCCCCGUUCUGCCCCGCCAAGCUGGGGGGACAGCCGGAGGGACAGCCGCGGGGACAGCCGCGGGGACAGCCGGGGGUGGCCGCAGCGGUGGCCGUGCUGCUGGAGGCCGCCUGCGGCCACGUCCUGCUGACCCGCCGGGCCACCACCCUGCGCCACUUCCCCAACGUUUGGGUGCCACCAGGUGGGCACUUGGAGCCAGGAGAAGAGCUGGUGGCCGCGGGGCUGCGGGAACUGGCCGAGGAGACGGGGCUGCACCUGGAGCCCGGCACCUUCUCGUGGGACCUGCUCGGCCUCUGGGAGUCCGUGUUCCCCCCCUCGCUGAGCUGGGGGCCACCGCGCUGCCACCACAUUGUCACCUACCUGGGGCUGCGCUCGGCCGAGCCCCGGCAGCGGCUGCAGGCCCGGCUGUGUCCGAGCCCGGGUGAGGUCAGUGCCGUGGCCUGGCUGGAGCCUCCGGUCCUGGAGGCCAUCGCUGCCACCGAGGAUGGAGCCGAGGGACCGGGACCGGGACCGGGAUCGGGACCGGGAUCGUUCCCCGGAGAGCUGCCGCCCACCGUGGGGAUCACCGAGCUCAGCCCCCACGGCCUCCGGAGCUGCCGCAUUCCCACCGGGAUCCUCCUGCGCCGGGCCCCGGCCCGCGGCCCCGACCUGGAGCGCGUCAGCACCGGCACCAAAUUCGCGCUGGGGCGGCGGCGGGCAGGGCCCGACCGGGGGCAGCGGGAAUAAAACUCCAGCGGGAUCCCAAA